UGCAUGUCUAUUUCUUUUCCAGAAACAGUUGAAAGCAAAAUGAAGCCCACUUUCUCCUUGUGCUUAUUGCUGGUUGGUUUGCAUACGAUUGCCCUGUGUCAUCAGCGUCCUCACUACCAUAAUAAGCAGGGUGAUGCUAAAGGGACAUAUUUUCCAGAACACAGUUCUCAGUGGGAAGAAGCUUCUCCACUUAAGAACAAAACCUUUGUAAAACUAGUUUUCAGCAAUGCUGACUUUGCAUUUUCCUUUUACAAGCUGGUCGCAUCUGAAGCAAUGGACAAAAAUAUUUUCUUUUCACCCAUAAGCAUCUCUGCUUCCUUUGCAAUGCUGGCACUUGGUGCCAAGGCUGUGACACUGACACAGAUUUUGGAAGGGCUUGCCUUUAACCUGAAAAAAACUCAGGAGCAGGAAAUACAUGAAGGUUUUUGCCAACUCCUCCACAUGCUGAACCGUUCAAACAGUGAGUUCCAGCUGAGUCUGGGAAGUGCCCUUUUUAUAGAAGAGACACUAAAACCACUACAGAAGUUCUUGGAUGAUGUCAAAAGCUUUUACGAAUCUGAAGUGAUUUCUACUGACUUUAACAACUCUGUUGGUGCUGAGAGUCAGAUCAACAGUUAUAUUGAGGAAAAGACAAAUGGGAAAAUUGUUAAACUAUUGGAAAAUCUUGAUCCUCUGACUGCAAUGGUUCUUGUUAAUUAUGUCUUCUUUAAAGCCCAUUGGGAGAAACCCUUCAGUACAGCACAGACAAAACAGGAGGAUUUUUUUGUGGAUCAGAAAACAACUGUAAAAGUUGACAUGAUGUAUCGAAAGGGUUACUACAGAAAUUACUUUGAUGAAGAGCUGUCCUGUUGGCUGGUUCAGAUACCUUACAAUGGAAAUGUCGCAGCAUUAUUUGUUUUGCCUGAUGAAGGGAAGAUGAAGCAGGUAGAAGAAGCCCUCUUGAAAAAAACUGUAACUAAAUGGGAAAAGUCCCUCCAAGACAGAAAAAUACAUCUGCACAUUCCAAAAUUUUCUAUUUCUGGUACCUAUGAUGUGAAAAAUAUAGUCGAAAAAAUGGGUAUGGUCAAUCUGUUUACUGAACAAGCUGAUCUCUCAGGGAUUACUGAGGAGCCCGGACUGGUGGUUUCAAAAGUGAUCCACAGAGCCAUGCUGAAUGUUCAUGAGAAUGGCACUGAGGCGGCUGGGGCCACAGUGAAGGAGGUGACCUGGAGAUCUGGGGAUUUCCCUCGCCCACCUCGAGUCAGAUUCAACAGACCAUUUCUCCUGAUGAUUUUGGAUAAGUUCACCCACACUGUCCUCUUCAUCGGGAAAAUUGUAAACCCUCAGAAAAAUGACUGA